AUGGAGAAACGCGGGCUGCACAGGGGAAUCACCGUUGCGUCGUUCAAAGGUUCUAUUCUCGGGCCUCUCUCCUCUGCUAAGCGCAGCAAGGGCAGGCUGCGUGCGAUGUUCCUCUGCACUCUGGUAUUACGGAGUACUGCACAAUUGUUCGACGAAGCGCCGACCUUCAGAGACUCCUUGUUGCAAGUCCACGGGUCGAUUAGCCCCAAAAUUGAGCCUCAACGAACCAUCGCUACUCCAUUGGACGAUGACGAUGGGACAUAA